AUGGAUCACGACGGCUCUCGGGGUCUGCUCAAGGGUAUUCUUGCGUUUUUCGCGCGAAAGCCGCCGCAAAGGUUAACGCCGUCCACUUCGUUGAGAUCACAGGCGCUCGACGCCUGGGUGCGAACGGAUGCUUAUCUGCAGCAUGAAACCAAUGAUCUGGACGAAGUCGACCCUGAGCAAGUAGCAAGAACUCUGCGGACAUUCGAAAAUCUUGUUCACUAUGACCCUGACCGGGAACCACACUCUCUUCAGGCAAUUCGUCGCCUGAUUCAGAGUCCCAACCACGAUGCGUAUUCCAAUUCACCCUCAAGCAUACGUAUCAGCAAACGCAAGCGAGAGAAUGACGCUGUCAUCGAUGAGCUUUCACGCUUGGAAACAGAGGCAAAGAAGCGCCGAGUUCUGUCUCGCGAAGAGCCAAACGUGGGCGAUGACGUGGACGCGCCCGAAGCAGACCUUGCUAUGAUGAUGAGGAAACAUUCAAUGUCGUUACACCAGGGACUGCGGACACAAUGGACCUGUGUAUGCCAGAGGUGUUCGGGCUUGAGUGUAAGACUUUCGUUGCCCCAACGGAAGAAGGGCUCUCAGAUGGAGACAUGCUUCCAAGUGUUCUUUGGCGUACGAUCUCUGCCUGCACUCACAUUGCAGGAAGCCAAGAUAACAGUCAAUUUCUUACCUGAGUUCGCACACAUCUGUCAGUGUAUCACGGAGUCCCUGGAUAAACAAAAUUGCUUGCAUCUUCUCUUUGAGGACGGGUUGUUUAAGAGGCUCCGGCCGCAAGCGAAAACAUUUGGCGAUUCCCAAAUGUCUCGGACAGUGUCUCUGUCGGCUCUUUUUCAGCGUCAACAGGAGUUACACGGUGGUUCAUCAGUUUUGCCGCUCAAAGGGAAACGAAUCUUAGCAGUUAUACUUGCCACAGCAUUACUUCCGUUCUUAGAGACGCCGUGGGUCCAGCCUUCGUUUAAUCACUCAAGGAUUCAUUUUUUCCAGCCGCUGAAAGACGGAGAGCUGCCCGAUAUCACGAAGCCCUUCCUGACACUGGAACAAAUUCCAAUCAUUUCUAACAAGAUGGGCACCGGGAAAGGCCAACCCGAACAACCUGUCAGCUCCAAACACAUGAUACAUCCCAAUGCCAAGUCAUGGCAAGGUGACACAGAGAGAGCCCGAAAUGUCAAUACUGACUAUUAUACCAGCCUUGAUCUUCUCAAAAAUCUAGAAGUCGACGCUGGUGUAGAUUAUUACCUCGCUACCAAAGCAUGCCUACAGUGGGAAUAUUUUCCGGCUGGAGAGCUCACUAGUUUUGAAUCCGCCAGCGUUCAGAGGCUCUUUUAUCAAAAUGUUGUCAAACGACUUGAAUCCGAAGUAUCAAAAUCGUGGCAUCUUCGGUUAAAGGAUCUGGAUUCUCUCGAUUCUCGAGGGAAUGAACUUUGUUGGGGACCAAACGGCCGAGAAGUUGUCCACCGGCAAACAAGUAAGUUUGAGUCCUCUGGCAGUAGUAACGAAGAAAUGGCAGUCUCUUUGCCUCCUACCUCCAAUACGACGUCCCGGAGCUAUACUUCGUACAGCCCGGCCACGCUUGUGCCAACGCCGACCCAACACACUCGGGUAUUCCAAAAUCGCCCACACCUUGCGGAAUCCUCUACUGAAAGCCUGUACUUCUUUGAUGCAAGCCAUCACGCGGUCUCUGGACAAGAUACUGGACUGUCUGAAAAAUGGAUGGGCAGUCUUUUAUCCUCGAUUUACCAUCAUGUUGACUCGUUUGACACCGCUAUGCAAUCAACUGCGACAAUAAUCGAGAAUGGGUCCAAAGCAUUCGAGCCAGUACGAAUAGCAAUUCUAGAUUCUGGAUUUGAUCCAAAGAACUCGCUCCUUAUCGAUGACGAGCAACGGAUCGAUCCACGGAUUAAGGGAGUACAGAAUUUUGUACAUGGAACAGACUCCUGGGACAUUCAAGAUGAGAUCGGGCAUGGCACUCAUGCUCUCGGUCUUCUCCUCAAAGUUGCCCCAUGCGCUGAAAUUUAUAUUGCCAGAGUUGCAAACCAGGAGACCCUGGGUCACGACAGCUACGAUGCUAUUGCAAAGGCGAUCAACCACGCAGUCACUGAAUGGAAAGUGGACAUUAUUUCAAUGUCAUUUGGUAUUCGGGAAUAUCAUGAACCUAUGAAAACAGCGAUAUCAAAUGCAUUACACAAUCAAACACUCAUGUUCGCUGCGGCGUCGAACGAUGGAGGAAAUUUCGGCCGAGCAUUUCCAGCUAAAUAUCCCAGCGUCUUUUGUAUACACUCGACUGAUGGAAACGGAAAUCCUUCGUCAUUCAAUCCCACAGCGGACGACAAAGAUGUCAACUUCAGUCUGCUCGGGGAACAUGUCCUUUCUCACUGGCCGGCAGGGAAAAAUGGUCACAAUGACAUUGUGAAUGUCAUGUCAGGAACGUCAGUAGCGACGCCAAUUGCCGCUGGGCUUGCUGCUUCGGUCCUAUCAUUUGUCCGGCAACAAGAGAAGGGCUUAGCUGCAGGAAGUGACAUGUUAGGACCGUGGUUGAAGGAUGUUCACUCAAUGGAUGCUGUCCUGAAGAGCAUGGUCAGACAGAAAAGAGGGGCAGGCUAUGACUAUAUCACGCCUCACGUACUGCUUGAUACGAGUGCAUCAAGGGAACAUGUUUACAACAAGAUCAAAGAUAUCAAAAAGCACAUGUAUGACUAG